AUGCCCUCCUCACCCAUGUUGAUCUCCAUGGUCAUCUUUUUCCUGGAGUUGUUGGCUGCCAUGCUGCAGAAUGGCUUCAUAGUUACUGUGUUGAUCGGGGAGUGGGUACAAUGCCAGACACUGCUUGCAGGCGACAUGAUUGCAGCGUCCUCCUUGGCCGCCUCCUGGUUCUGUCUGCAUGGGAUGGCCCUCCUGAACAACCUCGUGGCCUUCUUUGGUUUGGGUUCCAAAAUUUACUAUUUCAGCAUCCCCUAGGACUUCAUCAACUCUCUCACUUUCUGGCUUACUGCUUGGCUUGCUACAUUCUACCGUGUGAAGAUCUCAUUCUUCUCUCACCCCAUCUUCUUUGGGCUGAAGUGGAGGAUUUCUCGGUCAGUGCCCAGGCUGCUGCUGGGCUCCCUGAUCUUAUCUGGUCUGGUAGUCAUCCCAUUAGACACUGGGAAUACAAUUCUUGUGCAGAUGGUUGCUGCCCAGAGUUCCCAUGGAAACAACACCCUGGCUGGUAGAAUACAGACUGUCUCUUUGCACUUUUUUCUACCUCAUGUAAUUAUUAUGUGGUCAAUUCCAUUUCUCCCGUUCCUGGUGUCCACCCUCUCACUCGUGUUCUCGCUGUGCCGGCACUUGGGGCAGAUGAGGGACCAUAGACCUGGCCCGAGUGAUCCCAGCACCCGGGCUCACACCAUGGCCCUGAAGUCACUUGCCUUCUCCCUCAUCUUCUACACAUCGUAUUACCUGUGCCUGAUUAUUGUUGUUAUAAACAUCCUAACCCUCCGGAAUCACUGGCGCUGGGCCUGGGAAGUGGUGACUUAUGCAGGCACCUGUCUGCACUCCAGUAUCUUGGUGCAAAGCAGCCCCGAUCUGAGAAAGGCCCUGAAGAAGAGGCUUUGGAGAGGGGCAAGAGGGACAAGGAGCAGUUUUUCUCACCAGUGUCAGUAA